UCCAACACGGUGCAACUCUGCGGUUGCUGUAUGCUGACUGCCCGGAUGAGUUAAGACCAGGUUCCUUCCAGUUCAACCAGUGGGGAUAUUAUCACCAUGUCUGCCCUUAAUAGCGACCAGCUUCAUCGAUCCACAUUGGGGAUUUACUCAAGCUUGAUGGAUGAGUUCAACCCGGGCCUGGAGAAACUCGUGUCACUGGGACACGGCUACGUCCGAGCGUUUCAAGCUCUGGCUGUAAAGAGCGAGGCGUACUUCACUGCACUUUCACAGAUCGGCGAGCGAGCUUUCCACACCAUGUCCUCUCGUCCCAUAGGAGAUGUUUUGAUUCAGAUUGCUGAGAGCCAAAGGAAAGUGAGCUUGGAACUGGAGGGAGUAUUCCGUGGGUUCUCCGAGGACGUUCUUCAGGAGAUGGACAAUAACGUGAGACUGGACAAAGACUACAUAUCGGGCAGCAGAAAACAAUACGAGAUGAGCGUCCACAGUCAGGCAGCAGUUAUGGACCGACAGCUAAGACGUGGAACUAACCAGGAUGAGUACAUGCAUUUCCUUCGGGAAAGCCACGGCGAGGCUCUGAAGGAGGAGGAGAGACGAUACCGCUUCCUGGCUGAGAAGCACUGCGGCCUCAUACGGUCCUUCUCCCACCUCAUGAAUAAGCAUGGGGCUACUCUGCAGCACAAGGCGGACUCCUGGAGGGAAGAGGUGGACGCCACCAGGGGAUCACACCCUACAAGACCCCCUGCCGUGGAUCACACUGCACUUAUUAGACAAGAGAACAAGAAGAACAGAGAAGAGCAGCCGCUCGGCAACAUACCUUCGAGGGCCCCGUCUCCUCAGGGGAGCAUUUAUCGCUCCACGGCCGAGUCAGCGGGGGGUGGAGGACGAUCCAUGAGGGCCCGGGUGGCCCAUCAGCCUGGUGGCUCCAAUCCCACCCUGCUGCACUUCAUCAGGGGAGAGAUGAUCAGUGUUGUGGUCCAGCAGCAGAAGAACGGCUGGUUGUACGGCCGUACGGCCGGGAAAAAUCAACGGCAAGGAUGGUUCCCGGCCUCCUAUGUGGAAGAAGUAGAUGACCUUCCUAUGCCAGCUGACUCGGGUAGUUCCUCUCUCCGGGCAAGAAGCAGCCUGAGUAGCCGCACGGACACGUCAAGAAGCGACGCCCCGCCUCCGCCUCCGCCUCCACCUCCGCCACCAUCUCAGUCUUCAAAUAAAAGCUCUGAGAUGCAAACAGGCAUGUCCGACAGGAGGACAGAGGCUUAUCGGGAAAAAAAGCGACCCCAGGAACAUGGCUCAAGACCCGAACUCUUUCCAAAGGGCACCAACCCGUUUGCAACAGUGAAGUUGAAGCCCACAUCCACCAACGACCGGUCGGAGCCUCGCCUGUAUCGCAAAUGACUGUAAACAGUCCACCAGGUUUGAGACUUCCAGCUAAGGUGAGAAAACGGCAACAUAGAACAUAGAUUGGACUCUACAUAAACAAACGCAAUAUGUUUCAAUCCAUGAAGGUGUUUAAUGUUUAUUAGGGCCCUUACUUCAUCAAUUCU